AUGGUGAAUUCGGACAGUCCAUCGUCACCUCUGGAUAGUCCUCUCACCACAAAAUUUCCGCUUUCAGUGGAGAAUUUCCAGGUUCUCCAGCAAGAGCUGAACGACGUGGGUGAGUCGAUGGCAACGCCUGGUACAACCACAUCCAGCACUUGUUCGGAUAGUGCAAGCUCGGACAGUGGGCCUACAACUAACGCAAAUUCACAAAAUGCUAUUCCAUCCACUCCCAAAAAGCGGCGAAGUUCAAUCAAAAAAGAUUUCCGUCAAACUGUUUUUGAAAAUAUCCAUUAUCUUGGAUGUUCGAAAAUCGACGAUCCAUCAAAUGAAGCGGAAAUGCUGAGGCUGAUGCGUUUUCUAGAUGAACAACGAACGUCAGCCACCGUUACCGUAUCGCUAGCUGUCCCACAUUCAGCUCGUGGCAUAGUCAUGCUACGUGAUAGUUCCGGUGGCGAAUUGACGUCAUUUCCUGUGCAGAGAAUUCGAUUCUGUGUUAGGGGUCGUCUGGAUUCAGCUCAGAAACAUUGCUUCAGUAUAUCCUUCACACAUUAUGGAACAGAUGGUGAACAAACACAUCAAUGUCAUGUAUUUCGUAGCGCCCAACCCGAUACGGCCGGUCGAGCUCUCUAUUGCUUUUCACAAGCGUUCAGCAAUAGUGGCCCAAUAAGUGUGGACGGGAACGAGAAAAGGAUGGAAUUUAAGUUCGAAGCUUAUUUGGAGAUAAGGGAAAAUGAAGGAUCGCACAGUUCACCUCAUUGGGUCUUAUGUCCGCAGCAAAGUAACACGUUGAAAUUGCGGAGAGAUCGACCGAAGAGGCUUAUAGUUCAAUUGAAACAGGUGUCUGGUCCACCGCUGACUGUCACGAAAUGCUUCGGGAUGCUGCUAGCAGCUGGACGAAAUUUACGGCAUAGUGACAUGCAAUUAUUGGAACUGGAGAGCAUGGGACCUGGCGCCAAUCCAUCAGUUUAUGUGAUAAACGCCAUUUGGGACCCGCGCGUUCAUAUAUUCGAUGUGUUGAAUACUGAAACUCCCAGAGAUUCACGUGUAUUUCUCACUGUGGCUGCCGAUGUAAUAAUAGCAGAAGCUGGUGAACCAAUUCGAUUCCGUAUUGAAGCGAAAGCGAGAGUUUUUCAUCGGGACGAACGUUUUUAUAAGUUACCUCGCGUGGCAGUGCGAGAGGGAUAUUCGCUCACACUUGAGCGUGCUGACGACACAUCGAACGGGGAGGUGUCGGGAGGCAGUUUGGUAUUCGUCAAAAUGGAAUCGGAUACGGAUCGAAUCUCGGCGAAACAGCGGUUGGGUCGUAGUCCUAGCAGAAUGCCUACGCAGCUAAUUCAACCGACUGGAGAUGACGAAUCCGAUUCGGAUGAACCCCUUCUGUCCGGUUCAGGAAAUGUCAGCAAGGACUGUCCUGAGGAAUUGAUGAAACAAUGGACGGAGUGCAUUGAAGAAUGGAAGAAAAAUGAAGGAGGAGAGAAACCAGCCAUAGUGUCGUCGUUAAUCCUUAAUGGCAUUCCUGACGUAUUACGUGGAGAAGUUUGGAGGCUGCUAGCAAAGGUACAUCUGGAUCCAGAACUAGUCAAUACUUAUCACUUACUUCUAGGAAAAGAUUGCCCCUCGGAACAAGUUAUCUUGAGAGAUAUUCAUAGGACAUUUCCUGCACAUGAGAAUUUCAAAGAAGCUGGAGGGGAAGGACAAGAAUCACUUUACAAAAUUAGCAAGGCUUAUUCACUUUAUGAUGAAGAAGUUUCCUAUUGCCAAGGACUAUCCUUUCUCGCCGCUAGUCUAUUACUUCAUAUGAACGAAGAGCAAGCAUUCUGUACAUUGGUAAAAAUAAUGUACGACUAUCAACUACGAGAUCUUUUUAAGUUGGGAUUUGACUCACUUCACUUGCGAUUUUAUCAACUAACACGCUUAUUAAAGGAGUAUGAGAGUAAUCUAGCCGCCCAUCUUGAUCAUAUUGGUGUCGAAACCCACAUGUAUGCCUCUCAAUGGUUCCUCACUCUAUUUACUGCAAAAUUUCCGCUUCAGAUGGUGUUCUUUAUUGUUGAUCUCUUCCUAAGCGAGGGAAUGAAUACAAUAUUCCAUAUUUCUCUGGCUUUACUGCAUGACGCUGCGGCUGACCUAAUUCAACUGGACUUCGAGGGUGCACUAAAAUAUUUCCGAGUAACACUACCCCGCAAAUAUCGUACAGAAGCAAAUGCAAAAGCUCUUAUUCAUCAUGCUGUUGAGUUUAAGCUCAAACAUAAACGUCUGUUGAAGUACGAAAAGGAAUAUUUGGAAAUGAAAGAGCGAGAACGUGAAAACGAAGAUCCGCUCGUUAAACUACAGAAAGAAAACGCUCGGCACUGCGAGACAAUUCUCCGACUAGAACGCGAAAAUGACGAUUUAGCACAUGAACUUGUCACUAGUAAAAUUGAACUGCGACGGAAGUUGGAUGCUGUUGAGGACCAACUUGAAACAUCGGCGAACACAAUUGAGCGAGUAACUAGGCAAAAUGAAGACCUUGCAGAAGAAAAUCGUAACUUGCAACGGGAAUAUAACCAGAUCAAAGAGAUGUAUCGCAAGGAAGUUUCCCGAUUGGAAGAGGACGCGAAUCGAGCGAGCAAAUUGUUGGCGGAAUACAAGCAACUUUUCUCUCAGAUGAGUCGGAGAUGCGACACAGAGCGAGAACAGUUCCAUACGCAAAAACGUGCCAUAAUUUCACGGGUAUCAGCAUGCGAUAAAUGCUGGCCGGCUGUCGAGGAAUGGGAAGCGAAUCGUAGUCCUGCGCGUACUCCUCAGGACGGACCGGACCUCUUAUCACAGCUCGAAGAACGGGAAGCACAUGUGAAAGCGUUAGAGAUAGAUCUGGCUCAGACGAAGUUGGCUCUCGUUGAAGCGGAGUGCAAAAACCAAGACCUCACGCAUCAAAUGAUGACCCAAAGUGAAAGUGAUGGGAAACGAUGGUUCAAGAAGACGAUAUCGUCAUUGCGUGAAGUCGGCUCUUCGUUGAAGCAACACGAACGUUCCCAUAGUGCAGUUUCAGUUGUUGAUCAAUGA